AUGGUCUUCCUUAGUCUAGGGCUUAUCUUCUGGGGUAGACUAGGAUCAUUCAACCUAUGUGCGUGGGUAGAAUACGAGCUGCAACAUGGUGUGCUUGUGAUGCAACUUAGACGCCACGCUGAUCGGAGCCGAGUAGUUAUAUGUCGCGACACUAGCUCGGUAGCGCUCCGCCCGGACUUUCAAGCUAAGCAGGGGAGGAUCACACAGACAUUCGAGGAGUUCCGCGGAUAUUUUAGUACGGAUGUGUUUGGUUUAGCAGCAUUGUCCGUUUAUGAGCCAGGUCAAACGUAUGGAUUUAAAACAGCUAGAAACGGCGUCUAUCCAAAAUACACCAAUUAG